CGCCGGUGUCCGAGCCGGAGCUGCAGCGCACCGCUUCCCGUUCCCAUCCCCGGGGGCUCGCCCCGGCCCCAUGCCCCUCGAAACGGCCCCCAGCGAGGGGAAAUGGGAGGGAGAAAGGCUCCAAGUGUCCUUUAAAAGCAGCAGGGUUGAGCAGUGCUGGUGGAGGCCUCCCAAGUGUGAAGAUGGCUCGCUCAGGGUCUCGCUACUCCUUCGAUGUCCCAAACCCCUGCAUCAACUUUGCGACUUUAAGCGAUGAUGAUGUGCACAAUGCAGACUCCUGGUUUGACCAGCAAGCCAACCUGGAGAAUAUCCCUCCUGCGGAAAAUCUGGCAAAGGUCUUGCAGAACAGUCCUGCUUUUUCAAAGCCUCCUCUCAUUCUUUUUCCUCUCACAUCACAAGGAAUAACAAAGAAUGAAAGCUGUGAAGAGGAUGGAGCAGAAGUAUCAGAGAGCAAUGUGGUUCCUCAGAGUACUGCUGGAUCCCUGACAAGCUGGAAAGCUCCUGCUGAGGCCCCUCAAAGAGCGGGCAGAAGACCAGCUGCAAAGCAAAGGAAAACACAGCAACGCAAACAGCCAGCUGCAGUGAGAGUGGAGAAAAAUGAUACUGCGUUGGCUAACAAGGAAGAGGCUCCACCCCUGAAAAAAAUGAGAAUCCGUAGGGUGCCAGGGAAAACUAAACGGUCUGUGCCUGGGCCCGUGGUGAGUUCUAGCAGCAAGGAGAAGCUGACAGAUGGAUCCCCAAAGAAGGAGCUUUUGCAUCAUCCUGACCUGUCCCCAGCAAGAGGGAAAAACAAACUGACCGUGCCCUCCACGCCAACAAUGUUAAAGAGGACCAAUACUGCUGGCAAGCUGAAGAGUACAGAGGAGCAGGAGUUGGAAAAGAUGCAGCAGCUGCAGCGGGAGGUCAUGGAGCUGCGGAAGAAGAAUGAGGAGUCCCUAAAGGCAGCUAUUGCUGGAACAGGACAACCUGUGAAGAGAGCUGUUGGUCAAGUAACGAAGCCAGUUGACUUCCAUUUCUGCACAGAGAAUAGAAUUAAGCAACAUGUGGAAAGCCAGCCUGAGAAGGAGUACAAGGAAGUGGAUUUUGCAGCAGUGCUGAGGAAGCAUCCUCCUUCUCCAAUGCGAAUGCCAAAGGGACCCACUGUCCCCAAACCUUUCAAUCUGUCCACGGGAAGCAAAAGAAAGCUGGAAGACACCUCAUCAGAGUACGUGUCCCUUGCUCAGCAGGUUGAAGCAUUCCAGAAACGCACACCCUCUCGUUACCAUCUGAGGAGCAGGAAAUCUGAUGAAGGCCCAGCUCCAACAAAGCCAGUGAAAGCUCGACUUACCAACCCUAAAACACCAGUGCUUCAAACAAAGCACCGCUUCAGACCUGUUGCCUGCAAGAGUGCAGCAGAACUAGAAGCAGAGGAAAUUGAGAAAAUUCAACAGUACAAAUUCAAAGCACGGGAGCUGGAUCACAAAAUUUUGGAGGGUGGGCCAAUCCUGCCCAAGAAACCCCCAGUGAAGGAACUCACACAGCCGAUUGGCUUUGAGUUGGAAAUAGAGAAAAGAAUUCAGGACCGUGAGAAUAAGAAACAGCAGGAAGAGGAGCACUUCAAAUUUCAUUCCAGGCCGUGUCCAACUAAAAUCCUGGAGGACGUUGUGGGUGUUCCAGAGAAGAAAGUGCUUCCUGUUACUGUACCCAAGUCUCCAGUCUUUGCCUUGAAAAGCAGAACCCGAAUGACUAGCAGAGAUGAAGAGAAGGAAAAGGAGGUUGCCCCUGUGAUCAAAGCUCACCCUAUGCCACACUACGGAGUGCCUUUCAAACCUAAAAUGCCAGAACAGAGGCAUGUGGAAGUUUGCCCCUUCUCUUUUGAUUCCCGUGACAGAGAGCGGCUAAUACAAAAAGAGAAAAAAAUAGAAGAAUUGCAGAAGGAAGAGGUGCCGAAGUUCAAGGCGUUACCUCUGCCUUAUUUUGACCACGUGAAGCUGCCAGAAAAGAAGGUCAAAACCCCAACUCAGCCUGAGCCAUUCAAUCUACAGAUUGAUGAGCGGGGAGCUGCCAAGCAACAGAGCUGGAAACAGCAGCUUGAAAAAGACUUGAAAAAGCAGAAGGAGGCAGCAUGUUUUAAAGCUCGUCCCAACGUGGUGGUGUACCAGGAGCCUUUUGUGCCUAAAAAGGAAAAUAAGAUGUUAUCAGAGAGCCUUUCUGGUUCUGUAGUUCCUGAAAGCUUUGAGCUGGCAACAGAAAAAAGAGCUAAAGAGCGACAGGAGUUUGAAAAGCGAUUGGCAAACCUAGAAGCCAGAAGAGAGAAGCUUCAGGAACGAGUCAGACAGCAAGAAGAGGAACGUGAAAAGGAAGAAAUUGCUAAGCUAAGACAAGAACUGGUUCACAAGGCAAACCCAAUCCGCAGAUACCGCAGUGUAGAAGUGAAGCCCAGUGAGCAGCCGCUGACUAUGCCCAAAUCUCCAAACUUCUCGGACAGAUUCCGAUGCUGACAUGCAUCCUUGUGAUAGCAGGAGUACAGCACAUCCUGCUCUGCCCCUUGACGUGCAGAGGAGGAGCAGUUGUUUGUGGAUCCCCUCGGUCUCAACAGCCACACUUGGCUCCGUUAUCGUUUGAGUGGUUUGACUCCGUUUGAGGCAGAUGGCAGAGGCACAGCACACUGAGAGCCACGCAGUCUCCAUGGCCUCAUUUUUACAUCUAGACAUCUUAGUCUCCCAAGACUAAACCAGGUUUUUAUAUUGCAUACAAGCAUUGUGUACUUAAACUAAAUAAAAAAAGUCAUAAUUUGA